AUGGUACCGAUAUUGUAUGAGAGGGACGCAGUCCAGAAGAAAACCUUUACUAAGUGGGUAAACUCUCACUUGGCCCGUGUGUCCUGCCGUAUCUCUGACCUGUAUAAUGACCUGAGAGACGGAUACAUGCUCAUCAGACUGCUGGAGGUGCUGUCAGGAGAGCUGCUGCCUCGGCCCACGAGAGGCAGGAUGAGGAUUCACUGUUUGGAGAAUGUGGAUAAGGCUCUUCAGUUCCUCAAAGAACAGAGGGUUCAUCUAGAAAAUGUUGGUUCUCAUGAUAUAGUUGAUGGGAACCACCGCCUCACUCUCGGCCUCAUCUGGACCAUCAUCCUCCGCUUCCAGAUCCAGGUGAUUAAGAUUGAGACGGAGGACAACAGAGAGACACGCUCAGCUAAAGAUGCCCUUCUUCUGUGGUGUCAGAUGAAAACAGCAGGGUAUCCUGAGGUCAACAUUCACAACUUCACCACCUGCUGGAGGGACGGCCUGGCUUUCAACGCUCUUAUUCACAGGCACAGGCCUGAUUUAAUUGAAUUCCACAAGCUGACCAGAUCCAAUGCAACACACAACCUCCAACAAGCCUUUAACAUUGCUGAACAGAGUCUCGGACUCACCAAGCUACUAGACCCUGAGGAUGUAAACACAGAAAAUCCGGAUGAGAAGUCCAUCAUCACUUAUGUAGUUUCCUACUAUCAUUAUUUCUCCAAAAUGAAGGCCCUUAUUGUAGAAGGGAAGAGAAUUGGAAAGGUGCUGGACAAUGCUAUCGAAGCUGAGAAGAUCAUUCACCGCUACGUGGCUUUAGCGUCCGACCUGUUAGAGUGGAUUGAGAGAACCAUUAGCAUCAUUAGCAACCAGAAGUUUGCAAACUCGCUAUCGGGUGUUCAGCAACAGCUUCAAGCCUUUACCACCUACUGCACCAUUGAGAAGCCUAUCAAAUUCCAGGAGAAAGGGAACCUGGAGGUGCUGCUUUUCACCAUCCAAAGUAAACUCAGAGCUAAUAAUCAGAAGCCAUAUGUGCCUCAUGACGGGAAACUUAUCUCAGACAUCAAUAAGGCGUGGGAGAGACUAGAGAAGGCAGAGCACGAGAGGGGCGUGGCUCUUAGAAAAGAGCUGAUUCGUCAGGAAAAGCUAGAACUUCUAGCUCAACGAUUCGAUCAUAAGACCACCAUGAGGCAGGCUUGGCUGAAUGAAAACCAGCGUCUCGUCUCACAGGAUAACUUCGGCUAUGACCUACCAGCGGUAGAAGCUGCCAUGAAGAAACACGAGGCGAUCGAAGCAGACAUCCUGUCUUACGAGGAGCGAAUUAGUGUCGUGGUGGAGCUGGCCAAUGAGAUAGAGUCAGAAGGGUACUAUGACAUCCGACGUAUCUUGGCACGCAAAGAAAACAUCCUUGGCCAGUGGAGCCUUCUGAAGGAGCUGGUGGUGGGGCGUAAAGCCCGUCUGGAGAAGAACCUGGCCCUGCAGAAGACCUUCCAAGAGAUGGUCUACAUGAUCGACUGGAUGGAGGAGAUGCAGGUUAAGUUGCUUUCUAAGGACUACGGCAAACAUCUUCUUGAAGUGGAGGACAUGCUCCAGAAACAGAGUUUACAGGAGGCUGACAUCUCUAUACAGGCAGACAGAGUUCAAACCCUCAACACUGCAGCUCUCAAAUUCACCACUAUUGAAGGUUACCAGCCGUGUGACCCUCAGGUAAUUUGUAACCGGGUCAACCACGUCAACACCUGCCUGGAAGAAUUAAAGCAGCUGGCUGCAAAACGGCGCUCGGAGCUGGAGGAUUCGCGUGAGCUGUGGGCCUUCUUUCAGGAGGUAGAGGAAUCAGAGAAUUGGAUCCGAGAGAAGACGUCCAUCUUGGCCACGCAGAGCUGCGGGAAAGACCUGAGCAGCAUCCUGCGACUGCUGCAGAAGCACAAAACCGUGGCUGGAGAGCUGUUGGCGCGACGUGCGUUACUUCAGCAGACCAUGAUGAAAGGCAAGCAGAUCCUCACCCAGAAGAGCUUCGGUACGGCUGGAAUACAAGAGCGACUGAUGGAGGUCAAGGCCGAGUGGAAGAGACUGGAGGACCAGGCCGCACAGAGGCUGUGUAACCUACAGGAGGCGCUGGACUUUUUUCAGUUCAGCACCGAGACGGACGAUCUUCUAGCUUGGCUACAGGACGCUUACAGGCUCGUUUCUAGCGAGGACUUCGGACAUGAUGAGUAUUCAACGCAGUCUCUUCUUAAAAAGCACAGAGGUGUCCGAGAGAGUAUCGAUAAACACCGUGUACAAGUGGUGGGCCUUCGGAAACACAUGGUUGUGUUGCCAAUGCAUUAUCGGGAGCUGGAUGAGGUGCGAGCGCGCAUGGCUGAGACGGAGCAGCUCUACACAGAGGUGGCGGAAGUUGCCGUGUUGCGGCAGCAGUGGCUUCAUGACGCGCUGGCUGUGUAUCACAUGUUUAGUGAGGUGAACGCCUGUGAGGUGUGGAUCGAUGAAAAGGAGCAGUGGCUGAACAGGAUGGAGGUUCCCGAAAGACUAGAGGACGUGGAGGUGAUCGCACACAGAUUUGAAACAGAAUGAACUCACUUUAACAGAGAUACAAGUGUUUAAAGAGUCUUCGAAUCCAAAAAUGUCUGAAAUCUAGAAAAUCAACUUAAUUGCUUUCUUUUUGUGUAUCACAGGUGGAACCGCAUUGUGGAGCUGGUCGAGCAGAAGAAAGAUCACCUGGACUCAAUCCUGCGCAUCCAGAACUACUUACUGGAAUGCACGGAGAUCAAGUCCCAGAUUAAGGACAAGCGGAAAGCCAUAGACGCCACGCAGUAUGUGGGCAGUGACCUGGGCAGCGUGCUGGCUCUGCAGCGCCGUCUCUUCACCAUGGAGGGAGCUCUGACGGUUCUCGAGCCCAAGCUCCUUCACCUGCAGGAGGAAGCGGAGGAGCUUGCCACAUCCCAUCCGGACAAGACCGUAGACAUCCUGGUUCCCUUUGAGGGCAUCAGUGUGGAGUGGGAAGAGCUAAAAUGUACAUUGCAAGGCUGUGAAGACUCUUUAACCGUCGCUGGCCGCUUACAACAGUUCAUCCAAGACUUGGAUUCCUUCCUCACCUGGUUGGUGCAAACCCAGACUGCUGCUGCUUCGGAUGAGCUUCCCAUUGCUUUAGAGGACGCAGAACGGCUAAUAAACCAACACGCCGCGCUCAAGGAGGAGAUCGGAAGGUACGAAGAGGACUACGAGCGUCUCCAGGCUGUGAAUGAGCUUGUGGAGACGGAGGAAGUGCCGUUGCCUUAUGGAGCUCUGCAGCAGUGGCUACACAAGCUGGACGUGGGCUGGAACAAAUUGGUGGAGAUGUGGGAGAGCAGGAGGGAGGUGCUGGUGCAAGCUCACAUCUUCCAUCUCUUCCUGAGGGAUGUCAAGCAGGCCGAGGCUUUCCUCAAUAACCAGGAGUCAGCGCUGGCCCAUGUGGAACUCCCCACCACAGUGGAGACCGUGGAGGCAGCCAUCAAAAAGCACAAGGACUUUACCACCACCAUGGAGCUCAACCUGCACCGCAUUAAAGCUGUCAUAGAGGCAGGAGAGAGCCUCAUCAGUCAGAACAACAUCUAUUCUGAGCGCAUCAGAGAGAGAGUGGAUCUGCUCGCUAACAGGUCAAAACCACAACACUUAUGAUAACAUUUAUGCCGCAUAGAGCUGUGGGGCAAAAAACUGCAGGAUAUUUUAAUUGUCACUUGGUUUUAAAAACAGUGUCACCAGAUUGGUGAUUGGGUGGCAGAAAAGAUGCUAAUGGCUCGCGACACCUCCCGCGACGAGACUCAGAAGCUUCAUAAGAAGUGGCUAAAACACCAGACCUUCAUGGCAGAACUUGCUCAGAACAAGGAGUGGCUGGACAAGAUGGAGAAAGAGGGCCUGAGGUUAAUGCAGGAGAAGCCGGAGCUGAGCGAGCUGGUGAAGAAGAAGCUGGAGGAGAUCCGUGAGUGCUGGCAGGAUCUGGAGAGCACCACACAAGCCAAAGCCCGGCAGCUGUUCGAGGCCAACCGGGCCGACCUGCUGGUACAGAGCUACUCCAGCCUGGACCAGCGACUCGAGCAGCUUGAGGGACACCUGGCACACGUGGACUACGGCCAGGACCUGACCACAGUCAACAAGCAGCUGAAGAAACUACAGACGAUGGAGUGUCAGAUGGAGGAGUGGUAUAAAGAGGUUGGAGAGCUGCAGGCCCAGGCGGCCUCCAUCCCUCAGAAGGGGCAGGUGAUGGAAAAGGUGUCUGAGAGACAAGCCGGGGUGGAAACGCGAAUUGUACGACUGAUUGAGCCUCUGAAAGAGAGACGUCGUAUCCUGCUGGCCUCUAAAGAAGUGCACCAAGUGGGCCGUGACCUUGAGGAUGAAAUUUUGUGGAUACAAGAGCGUCUUCCAGUGGCCACUUCUCAGGAACAUGGCACAAGUUUACAAGCUGUACAGCAACUCAUGAAGAAGAAUCAAAGUCUGCAGAGAGAGCUUCAAGGUCAUCGUGGGCGUGUGGAGGAUGUUCUGGAGAGAGCAGGGGUGAUCGCGUCCAUCCGCAGUCCGGAGGCAGACAGCAUCAGGGCUGGCAUGGAGCAGCUCCAUCAGCUGUGGGAGGCGCUGUGGACCGAGACCGAGCACCGGCAGCUCCGGCUGGAUGUCAUGUACCAGGCGCAGCAGUACUACUUUGAUGCGGGAGAGGUGGAGGCCUGGCUCAGCGAGCAGGAACUGCACAUGAUGAAUGAAGAGACGGGAAAGGAUGAAGCCAGUACUCUGCAGCUGCUGAAGAAACAGCUGGUGCUAGAGCAGACCAUAGAGGACUAUGCUGAGACCAUCGGAAUGCUUUCUCAGCAGUGCAGACAGCUGCUGGAGCUCGGACAUCCAGACUGUGAGCAGAUCAGUAAGCAUCAGUCUCAGAUCGACAGGCUGUACGUGUCUCUGAAGGACCUGGUGGAGGAGAGGAAGUCUCGUCUGGAGCAGCAGUACUGGCUCUAUCAGCUCAACAGGGAGGUGGAUGAACUUGAGCAGUGGAUAGCAGAGAGGGAGGUCAUCGCCAGCUCCACUGAACUCGGACAGGACUUCGAGCAUGUCACGAUUCUGCAGGAGAAAUUCACAGAGUUUGCAUCGGAGACUGGGAGCCUGGGGCAGGAGAGGGUCACAGCUGUCAACCAGAUGGUUGAUGAGCUCAUAGAUUACGGGCAUGGGGAUGCAGCCACCAUCGCUGAAUGGAAGGAUGGGGUGAACGAGGCCUGGGCGGAUCUGCUGGAGCUGAUGGAGACGCGAGGACAGAUGCUUGCUGCUUCACACCAGUUACACAAGUUCUUCUCUGACUGCCAAGAGGUAGAGAAGAUAAAAGCAGAGCAGAGUAAGCUUCCUCCAACUCCCUUGCUGGGACGGAAGGUUUUCUUGGACCCUCAGGACUCUUCUCCUGCUCGCAGUAGCCCUUCCUCCAUCAUAAGACAGACCAUAUACGAGCAGGGCGAGUCCCGGCUGGAGCGCAUCACCCCUCAGCCCUCUCCCUCUUCCGUGGCCCGCAGACUGGGUUCUACUGUGGCCAACUACACUCCCAUCAUGAAUGGAGCUGCUACUUAUCGCCUUCAGGAAGCCAGGAAUGCUGGGAUUGUUGGAGUGGCUGCAGGACUGGGCACUGCUAUGGAGCACAAGGUCACCCAAUUGCGAACGGAAUUUAAGGCCCAAGUCCCACAGCAGAAGAUCGAACAUAUCCAUGAGGCAGUCCACCCCAUGCUGGAGAGAGCGAGGGAAUGGGAGCGGUAUCAUGAGAAUGUGAUGGCAGAGGUGGUGCUCCAGGAACCAGGCGGAGGAAGGGAACGCCUAAACAGCAUGGUGGGAGGGAGCGGGAGCAGCCGCUCAGAGCUUCUGGUGGAGCAGCAUCCCCCACCAAGGGAGUCGCGGAUAGAGAGACAACUAUCUACUGAGCAGCUGAUUCGGGCACGCAGGGACGAGCUGCCUCAGGAGGUGUGGCGAGAACGAGCUGGGAGGGUAGAGAAGAGGCUGGAGAGACAGACAUCUAGUGAACAGGAAGGUCAUGAGGUGCGGCGUAGGGACAGACACCGACCAGAGAGACAGGACAGCAGCGAGCAGGAGGCCAGGGAGCAGUCGGACAGACGCUCUGGUGGUGGGGACAAAAGGUCGACGCUAGCUGAGAUUGUGGAGCAGCUUCAGGAAAGAGAAGCAGCACAGGCCCGAGGAGAGAUUCCAUGUCUACCCAAUGGUUUUCCUGAGAAGUCUUCUAAACCGGACCGACCACGUGCUCGCGACAGACCCAAACCGAGAAGAAGACCACGACCCAAGGAGCCAACAGCUGGCGAAACACGGCGCUCAAGGUCUGCACCAGCCCAGAGCAGCCCACCAGUUCCCCAGCCGGCUAUCCACAUGGCCCAGCAUGAAGGGUUCCUCUUCCGCAAAAUAGACAUUGAAGGCCAAAAGAAGAGUUCAAACAGGUGGGGCUUUAUCAAAGAAAAGCUGGAGAAGGUUUUGGCCAAGCAGCAAGAGCUCACUGAGAAAUGGGACAAACACUGGGAAGAGUUGCAGCACAUGUUGGAGGUGCAUCAGUUUGCUCAGGAAGCAGUGGUAGCGGAGGCCUGGCUCACUGCUCAGGAGCCCUUCAUAAGUAGUAAUGAACUGGGCGGCAGCGUGGAUGAGGUUGAACAGCUGAUUCGCAGACAUGAAGCCUUUCGCAAAGCUGCGGCCACAUGGGAAGAACGCUUCAGCUCUUUACGUCGUCUUACCACAGUAGAGAAGAUAAAAGCAGAGCAGAGUAAGCUUCCUCCAACUCCCUUGCUGGGACGGAAGGUUUUCUUGGACCCUCAGGACUCUUCUCCUGCUCGCAGUAGCCCUUCCUCCAUCAUAAGACAGACCAUAUACGAGCAGGGUGAGUCCCGGCUGGAGCGCAUCACCCCUCAGCCCUCUCCCUCUUCCGUGGCCCGCAGACUGGGUUCUACUGUGGCCAACUACACUCCUAUCAUGAAUGGAGCUGCUACUUAUCGCCUUCAGGAAGCCAGGAAUGCUGGGAUUGUUGGAGUGGCUGCAGGACUGGGCACUGCUAUGGAGCACAAGGUCACCCAAUUGCGAACGGAAUUUAAGGCCCAAGUCCCACAGCAGAAGAUCGAACAUAUCCAUGAGGCAGUCCACCCCAUGCUGGAGAGAGCGAGGGAAUGGGAGCGGUAUCAUGAGAAUGUGAUGGCAGAGGUGGUGCUCCAGGAGCCAGGCGGAGGAAGGGAACGCCUAAACAGCAUGGUGGGAGGGAGCGGGAGCAGCCGCUCAGAGCUUCUGGUGGAGCAGCAUCCCCCACCAAGGGAGUCGCGGAUAGAGAGACAACUAUCUACUGAGCAGCUGAUUCGGGCACGCAGGGAUGAGCUGCCUCAGGAGGUGUGGCGAGAACGAGCUGGGAGGGUAGAGAGGAGGCUGGAGAGACAGACAUCUAGUGAACAGGAAGGUCAUGAGGUGCGGCGUAGGGACAGACACCGACCAGAGAGACAGGACAGCAGCGAGCAGGAGGCCAGGGAGCAGUCGGACAGACGCUCUGGUGGUGGGGACAAAAGGUCGACACUAGCUGAGAUUGUGGAGCAGCUUCAGGAAAGAGAAGCAGCACAGGCCCGAGGAGAGAUUCCAUGUCUACCCAAUGGUUUUCCUGAGAAGUCUUCUAAACCGGACCGACCACGUGCUCGCGACAGACCCAAACCGAGAAGAAGACCACGACCCAAGGAGCCAACAGCUGGCGAAACACGGCGCUCAAGGUCUGCACCAGCCCAGAGCAGCCCACCAGUUCCCCAGCCGGCUACCCACAUGGCCCAGCAUGAAGGGUUCCUCUUCCGCAAAAUAGACAUUGAAGGCCAAAAGAAGAGUUCAAACAGAUCUUGGGUAAAUUUGUACUGUGUGCUGAAUAAAGGUGAGCUGGGCUUCUAUAAGGAUGCGAAGAACACCUCCACACCUUACAACAACGAGCCGCUUAUCAACCUGAGCCGUUGUGCCUGUGAUAUCAACAAUGGUUACAAAAAGAAGAAGAAUGUCUUCACUCUCAAAACUAAGGAUGGAAGUGAGUUUCUGUUCCAUGCUAAAGAUGAGGACGAUCUGAAAAGCUGGACCACAAGUAUAAACACCAGUAUAAGUGAGCAUGAAGAGGUUGCCAAACCGGGGCAGACCAAUCCAACUACCUCAUCUACUGACGAGGGAACGCGCAGGGAUGGCAGCAGGGCAGGCGGUUCGGAAAGAGGUGAAAAGUCAGACCGAGCCGACGGGGGAUCUGUGCGCUCAGACAAGGGUGAAAAGCCUGAGAAAAAGACAGGCAAGAAGAAAUGAGGCACACGAUAGUAGUGAGCCAGGACUUUGGAAAUCCAGGAAAGUGCUCUGACAGGAUCAGGAAAUGAAGGCGUCACUGUGAACUCCCUUUAUGUCUUGCUGUCCAGUUGAGUAUGGAGUCAGGCAACAUGGAGGAGCACGGAGCUCAUGUGUCAGUGAGCGUCCUCUAGUGGCUGCCAAGGACCAUGACAAUUCAGAAGCUCCAUAUGGGCCAAAGAGCUGAUAGCAUAGGCAAAUGGAGGAUAAACGAGAAAGAUGUUAUAGUAAAGUAGCUCAUGAAGAUUAUUUUCUAAUCCGUCUGUGAAAAAGAUGACCCAUAUGUAUGUGUACCCGUCUCUCUCUUUGUAGAUUAUACGUCUCAACAUCAGUUCUAUACAAUCUCGCGCUGAAGAGAAUGGAAAUAUGCCAAAAUCUUUCUCAAGGUUGGUCUUUUUUCUGAAGAGCAUGUUUUGUCUGUUUAUUUUGUAAGUUGUUUUGCUCUUUUAUACUGUUAAAGUGUUGAUUUGUAUUCAUUGGCUCAUCCACACAUGUUUGAACGCCGUAUGACAUAUCAGAGCAUGCCUACAAGGUUUAACUUCCAACUGAAGAAAUAAAUGGUCUGUUUCAAAUAAAGGGAAGCAGCUCACCUGCUGUGAGUGUGUAUUCUCAGAUUUGAUUACUGGGGUUUGUUGGUUUCAUACACAAGUUUUCCCAAGUCUCAACCAUUAAUCUCAUAUUAUGCAUUAAAUGUCGAGUGUGAGUUAAUUUGCUCUUUUAAUGACAGAUUACCAAAUCAGUUGUGUUUAUGUGUCAUGUACACGUCGUAUUCGUCAUCAAGCCAUUCUGAAUGCGAGAUCUGGUUUACAUCAUUUUAUUUAUACUCAAAAGUCUUCCAAGCACAGAACUGAUUGUUUUGUAAAACUCCACAAGUUUUUUUCCUUUUGUCACUUUCUCCCAGCAUUAUUUCCAAGCAGGGCUGAAUGGAUGCAGGUGUUUGAUUUAACUGGUGAUGUUUGUAAGAUGACAGCUGAAUGCCAUGUAGAUGUUAUGUGAUUGUCUCUCCUUCUUGGCAGAAACUGGGAUAAAUAUGUCUUUGAAUUGUGUAGUUCCGCAGGUGAUCGUAUAGAAAGCCCAUAGCUAGCAAAAAUGCAAGGUAUAUUGCAAGAAAAGCGGUACAUGCUUUAGACAGCUCUGCAAACGUUGACACAAAUUAUCAAUUAGGUUCUUUUGAGAUCCAUACGUAUACAUGCACACAAAUGAGCUGACUACAUAAUGACAUGCGAUUUUUCAUGCAACAUACAGGGUUGAAAUUAAAUGUCAAAGUGUGUGCUAAACGGAAACGUAAUGGUUUCAGGUAUUAUAUUUGUGCCUCAUUGUCCUAAAGUCUGUCAACCGUAGUCCUAAACACAUUGUCUUUAAAUAAAAUUUAAAAAAAGCUAAGUAACGUUAGAAGCAAUGGUCCUCUUUCUAUGAAGAGAAGUGUAAACCAAUCAUUGAGAGGGAGGAGAUGAUGUUCAUGUACCAUUUUUUUU